AAAAAAACAAAAGCAAAAAAAAGGUCCCUAAGGAUUAGAUGCCGCUUUUGCUUUGCCCACCCAUCGACACAAAACCCAUUCACAUACAUUUCAACCUUCGUUUGGGUCCCACACCUACACCCAAAAACCAGGUCCAAAAAUAAAAAAUUACUACUUGCUAAACGCAUAUAUUUUGAUAUAGUAAAAUAUUAUUUACCUUUUUGGGGCAUCUUAUAAAUUAGCAUCAAAUCCUGUAAAAUCCUCUAAAAUUAGUUGGUUGUUCAUUUUAGUUCUUCCUCUUCGUUAUAUUUUGGUUCUUCUCUCUUUUGGCUUUCUCUUUCCCUUCUUUUCUCCACUGUAAUUCAAAUAAUGUCUUCGGCAAACAUUAUUCAAGAGGAACAUGAUGAGAAAUCAUUGACACCCAGAGAUGAGAAUGUUCUGAAAAAGCAUGUUCAAUUCUUUGAUCGGAACAAUGACGGCUUCAUUUAUCCUUGGGAGACUUACCAAGGUUUUCGAGCGAUUGGAUGUGGUAUUGCUUUGUCUGCUUUCUCUGCUUUAUUCAUUAACAUGGGCCUCAGUGGGAAAACUCGUCCUGGAAAAUUUCCAUCUUUGCUCUUCCCCAUUGAAAUCCAACACAUCACUAAAGCCAAACAUGGAAGCGACUCUGGCGUGUAUGACCAUGAUGGAAGGUUUGUUCCCUUAAAAUUCGAAGAGAUAUUUAAGAAAUAUGCACGUACAACUCCUGAUGCAUUGACAUCGGACGAACUAUCAAAGAUGAUAAAGGAAAACAGGGAAUCCAAAGAUUAUAAAGGCUGGAUCGGAGCAUAUGUAGAAUGGAAGAUCCUAUAUUAUCUUUGCAAGGACAGGCGUGGUUUAUUGAGAAAAGAAACAGUACGAGGUGUUUAUGAUGGAACCUUGUUCGAACAUAUGGAACGGGAAACAUUAGCAGCUAAGAAGAAUAAUUUCCUGUAAAGAAUGGCAUAUUGAUGGUUGGUGCUGGUUUGGCCUACUAACACUGCAUUUUAGUGAUGUUGAUUUUGGAAUUGUAAUUUCAUUGCGUGUCUUCUUUAAAGUUCUACAAUAACCUUAAAUCCUCCCUUCAUGAGAUAUUGUAAUUAUAAAAUCAUUCAGAUAACUAAUCUGUGUAUAUGGGAGAAUCAUUGUAUGUUCAUAUGCUAUUAAUAAAAGUAUUAGUGAUUGUUAGAGUAGUC